AACAGAUUUCAAGGCCGAGCAGCUGCGACCUCGAUUAACGCAUGCAGAGACCACUUACUGCUGUUAAUUGGCUCUAUCCUAUGCCUCUGCAGAAAAUAGAACCCACGUUUUCCGCAAGAAGGGGGAGAUGUUGAUGCUACCGUUUGCGGUCGCAUGCUUGUUCAGUGCCGGGCCCGCCGGAUCAUCAUGCAUCACAACUACUUAAGAGGGUAGUUUGCCAGGUCUUCGUUAAUUGUUUCUUCGUCUGUUAUGCACGAUUGCACGUACGCAACUGCAGAGCGACGCUUUCGGUCCUAGGGAAGAAAUGGGAACUCUCUAAAACUCAGUCUAGAGUGAGGCGCGAGGAAUAUAUCAAUAACUCUCUCUUCAUCAUGGGUCAUCCUGGCAAUAUCGAGGCAAACACCAGCCGGACGAGUGCAAGACGCUCGCGGAAGGGGUUACUCUUCAUCCUCUUUGCUGCCCUCUUCAUAUAUGUGGUUGGAGCACUUCUACUCUUUUACACAGAUGUCUCAUACUUCGUGUUGGUGGUGAGCCCAUUUCUAUGGGAUAUCAAGCCAGCACCUUUUCAUGCAUUCUCCGCAAACAAUAUCACAUAUUUUGAGAAGCCAAGCGGUGUGAAAAUCUUCGGGAUUGUGGGAUAUAGAAACCCCAAUCGUACGGGGAUUCUGAACUGCUAUCUGCAGAGAAACCUCGCGCAGAAUGGUGGUUUGUUAGACGAGGUCAUUUUCAUCCCCGAAACAACAGAAGAAAGCCAUCUCCAAUGGCUUGAAACCAUAGCCAAGCAAUCUGAUUCGUACUCUAUCCGCACAUCAGAUGACGUGAUAUAUUCGAGUAACGACUUGUACAUCAAAAUCGACGGAGAUGUGUUAUACAUCGAAGACGACGCGAUCCCGUCUGUAGUAAAUACAAAGAUGGAGCAUCCAGAAUCGCUUAUAGUGUCAGGCAAUAUCAUCCACCAGCCAGCCGUAGCCAAUUUUCAUCUGCGUCCGGGUGUGAUUAACCCGAACUUCAAGGAGACGGGCUUCCAACAAGCAAAGCAGCAUUGGCUUUCGUCGAUUCUUUCAUACUGGCACGAUCCACAUUCGCCCAAAGACCAAACCGAUAUCCAGAUACCUAUCAAGGACAAAUACCAUUUUCCAACACUAGGGAAUAUAUUAGACACUGAACGGUACAACUGGGUAGCUCAACAAGCCCGACAGCAUUACUCGUUCCUCGAGCAUCUGGAACAAGGUACUCUUGAACGAUACAAAUUCCCGGAAUGGAAGAACCCGCGCAAAGACAUCUCAGGCUCCCUUGUUUGCAUCAAGGGCUCUGAUAUGAGGAAAGUAGCUGUCAAAAGACAAACAUCCUCGUGGCUACGCAAGCAUACUGUUAUUGAUGGUAAGAGGGUUGUUUCUCAUUACAGCAACGAAGCUGGACUGCAAGGACUUGACUCGACUGACGUGAUGGAGAGAUAUCAGCGGUAUGCUAAAGAGAAUAUUUGCCCGGAGGUGAUAGGAUUUAUAUAACCAUAUUUAAGAAUGCCCACUACAAUUAAGUAUUAAAUUUAAU